CCCCAACUAAGAACCUCAUCUGAAACUUCCUCUUUCUAUCUGCAUGUCUGCUAUAUAUGGUUAUACCAUACUCAAUCCUCAGCACUCUUACUCUCUCUGUUUGCUUUGAUUUGAGUUUUGAUACUACACUUCUCGGUUCUUCUCCACCAUGGAAAAAGAUGCUUCAGCACUGCACUUCAUCCACCAACAUCUCCUCAGCGACUUUGAAUCUCUGGAAAGCUUCUUCGUUGAUGUAAAUGAAUUGUCACAAACUUCAGGCCCUGAAUCAAGUGUUUCCACCACAGAUGUUGAGGUUUCUGAUUACUUCGAAGUACAUGACAACGAAUGCUCUACCUCUACUUCAUCUGGGUUGUUCCAGUUUGAAACCAAAUCCCCAAAACUUUCCAAAUUAAGUCAUCGGCGACCUUCACUGUGCAUCUCAGUUCCUCCGCCUCCGAUUCCUCAGCACCCGGCGGAGUCCGAUUCCGGCGAUGCCAGUCAUUACAGAGGUGUGCGACGACGACCAUGGGGGAAAUUCGCGGCGGAGAUUAGAGACCCAAAUCGGAGAGGAUCAAGGGUAUGGCUGGGGACAUUCGAGACAGCCAUUGAAGCAGCUAGAGCUUAUGAUCGAGCUGCUUUCAAGAUGCGUGGCUCCAAAGCUAUCCUUAAUUUCCCUCUUGAAGCUGGGAAUUUUUCGUGCUCUGACCCGACGGUGAUAUCCGGCCGGAAAAGGCAGAGAGAGUGCGAGAGUGGAGAGAGAGAGCAAGCAGAGACUAAAGUUUUAAAGCAAGAGGAGCAGCUGCCGGAUUCUGACUGCAAUCUAGCGGCGGCCAGUGUUUUUGGGAUCAGUCCGUUAACGCCGUCAAGUUGGAGGACCAUUUGGGAGGGGAAAGCCACGGACGGAAUAUUCAAUUUGCCACCGUUGACGCCGUUAUCACCCCAUCCUUGGAUUGGAUAUUCUCAGCUUAUAGUCUGAAUGACAGCAGUCAUUUUCAUUGUAAAUAACCGAAGACAUUUUCAUAUAUGUUAUAUUAUAUUACCAUAUUUAAUGUUAAUUUUUUUUAUAAGAAUUUUAUUUUAAAA